GAGAAUGACCAUGAAAAUUAUAAUCAACAAAACUUUAGACACUAAAAUGUUCAUCGAAAUUACGUGCAAUAAUAAUCCACUGUUUAUAAAUGUAGUAUGAAUAAGCAUCUUGCAUUCGACAUACGUCCAGUCCUCCAGUCGUUGGUCUCAGAAAUGUCUAUGAUAUGUCUUGUGGCAGUCAGCAAUUUUUUACACAUAAAAAGAAUAACGGGACAAUCAAAUAUUGAUUAAAAUAUAAACAAGUGAUAUAGUAACGGCCAUAGAAAUCGAUUAACUGAUUCAAAAUAAAUAUCAUAUUAUUAUUGUAAUAUCAUUGAACAACAUAGCGAGAAAACCGAACCCAACAAAAACAUGAUUGAUCCUUAUAAAUAUUCAGUUUCAAAUUUAGCAUUGACCAAUGAGCAGCGAGAAUUUUACGAAUCCAAUGGUUAUUUGGUUGUCCCAAAAUUAGUUCCAGAUUAUUUGUUGGACAGAUGCAGUGAUCGUUUUGUUGAUUUAUGCCAUGGUCGAGUUCCUCGAAAUGAGAUAACCAUGAUGAAAGAUAUAUCACGAAUGAAAGCUGGCUACAGCGGUGAACACUUGUAUGGCAAAGCACAGGACAUUCUUUGGGAUGAAGAGUUUUAUGAAUAUGCCAGGUACCCUAAGUUGGUGGAUUAUGUUGAGAGUUUCAUCGGAUCAAACAUUAUGGCUAUGCAUUCUAUGUAUAUAAAUAAACAACCCGAUAUCGGAACAAACAGCUCGAGACAUCCAGUACAUCAAGAUCUUCAUUAUUUUCCUUUCCGUCCGGCCAAUUUAAUAGUAGCGUCUUGGACUGCCGUUGUACCAAUAACAGUUGAUAAUGGUUGUCUCUACGUUAUACCAGGAUCUCACACGGGAAAUUUAUAUCCGCAUACUUAUCCAGAACCAAAAGAGGGAGAAAUAAAUAAAAUGUACCAUGGAAUCAGAGGUAAUGAUAUUGAAAAUCAGAAGAAAACAUACUUAGAAAUGGAUAAAGGCGAUACAGUAUUUUUUCAUCCAUUGCUAGUACACGGGUCUGGAGUGAAUAUUACUCAAGGUUUUCGAAAAGCCAUUUCGGUUCAUUAUGCAUCGUCAAACUGCCAAUACAUUGAUGUCACUGGUACAAGCCAAGAAAAUAUUAAGAAUGAAAUUUUAGAAAUUAUGGCUAAAAAAGGCAUAAAAGGUGUUGAUUUUGCGUUUGCUUGGCAAAUGCGUUGCCGUUUGAUCAAAGGAGCUAAAGCCAAUUUGUGAUAAGUGGUUGGUUAUUUAAGAUUUUUUAUAAUUAAGUAAUAAUAAUAAUUUUAAAAGAUUUAUAUUGUUAUUCAACUGACGUUAUAUUUAUAAAAGAAAACAUUGUUAUCGCCUGUGGUUGUGGAUUAUAAAUUAU